GUGGGUUGCGCCUCCACGCACGCACGCAGCCGUGGAACUCUCUCCUCCCUCUCCUCCUCACCUACGCAUCCCGCGCCCAUGGCCGCCGCCGCCGCCGCCGCCUCCACGCCGCCGUGCUGAGCCCACCCCCGAGAGACCUAGCUCACGCCGAGGACGCUACCACUCCGGCGCGGGCGGCGGCCUCGGGAUCGGGGCGGAUCAGAUGCUCUCCCUCGGCGCCAUCCGCAAGCUCUGCGCCGCGUUCGACGCCAUCGCGCUCACCGUCAUCGCGGCGGGGCUCUCCCGGACCUCGCACCACCCGUUCUCCGCGCACGCGCACUACUCCCAGCCGGACUUCCCCACCAUCGCCUCCUGCCGCGCCGCCGUCGCCAGCUCCAAGUGGCGGCGCCGCCACCCCUCCACCACCAAGGAGUCCGCCGGCGUCGAGCCUGCCGAGCCCCCCGUUCUGGUCAGGAUCAAGAACGAGAGGGACCCGGUGCGGCUGUACGAGCUGUUCAGGGCCAACGCGCACAACCGCCUCUUGAUUGAGAACCGGUUCGCGUUCGAGGACGCGGUGGCGCGCCUGGCAGGUGCUCGACGGAAUGACCUAGUGGAGGAGAUACUCGAGCAGCACAAGGCGUUGCCUCAGGGGAGGCGGGAAGGGUUCGUGGUCAGGAUCAUAGGUCUGUACGGCAAGGCAAGGAUGCCGGACCACGCGCUGAGCACUUUUCGCGAGAUGGGAUUGUAUGGAUGCCCGCGCACGGCCAAGUCACUCAAUGCCACGAUGAAGGUGCUACUGCGAGCGCGGCUGUUUGAUGAGGUCCUUCAGUUGUUCGAGAGUUCAGAGACAUAUGGGGUUGAGUUGGAUGACAUUUCGUACAAUACAGUGGUGAAAAUGAUGUGUGACUUGGGGGAACUUCGAGCGGCAUUUCGGGUUAUGCAGGAAAUGGAGAAGGCGGGGGUGAGACCGGAUGUCAUCACAUACACAACACUCAUGGAUGCAUUCUAUAAGUGUGGCCAGCGUGAGGUCGGGGAUGGUCUGUGGAAUCUCAUGAGGUUGAGAGGUUGCAUGCCAACACUUGCCAGUUACAAUGUGAGAAUCCAGUUCUUGGUUAACAGGAGAAGGGGCUGGCAAGCGAAUGAUUUGGUGAGGAAAAUGUAUGCAUCAGGCUUAAGGCCAGAUGAGAUCACGUAUAAUCUAGUUAUUAAGGGUUUCUUCAUGAUGGGCGAGCAUGAGAUGGCUAAGACAGUAUUUGGUGCGAUGCAUGGGAGGGGAUGCAAGCCAAAUGCUAAGGUUUACCAGACAAUGGUGCAUUACCUCUGUGAGAGAAGGGAGUUUGAUUUGGCAUUCAGGCUGUGCAAAGACAGCAUGGAGAAAAACUGGUUUCCAAGUGUUGAUACUAUUAACCAACUGCUAAAAGGCCUCAUAUCAAUUUCAAAGGACAGGAAUGCAAGAGAGAUAAUGAAAUUGGUAAUAGGAAGAAAACCUUCCUAUUCAAAUGAUGAAGUGAAAACCUUCCAGGACAUAUUGUCUCUUGGGAACACCAGAAGAUAAUUUGAGUAUUUGACUGCUGGAUGGAAUUUUUUGCUGUAUGUCCACCACAUGUAAUUUUAACACUUGGUUGGCACUCAUUUUAUGCCUGACUGAAUGGGAGAACAGUGAGGAAAUAAUGUUGGGAAUACAGGACAGCGGAAACUAUGGGGAAUGAAAUUUUGGACUUGUGGUUAUUCAAGCAGCAUUGUUCUCAGAAUCAAUUGAUGACACAAGGCAGGCAUUUUGUUGACAGUUCCAUUUGUUCUGUUGGCUUGGAGCACUGAAGGGAAAAAAAAAACGUAUAGAUCAAUCUCCGGGAAGUAAAUUUUUCUCGGAUUGGUGGCAGAUAAACAUUUUGUACCUCAACGUUUUGUAGCAUGUACAAGCAUAGCCUAGCAUAUGGAUCAAUCACUACAAAGCAAAUUUGUUCUCAGAUUUUCAGAUGGACCAGGGGUGUGUUUGGUUGGUGCCUGAGGAAGACUGGUGCCUGAAGAUCCCCUGAAAUCUCGAUGCAUUUUUCCUAACCAGGAAUGCCUGACAUUGUUUGUUUGGUUUUGAGGCCUGAGAUUGAACAUGCCCGAGAGAGAAAAAAACGUAAUAUUGAAAUAACAUUGACUGAAGAAAGCUUUGUCCAAGCCUAGGAAUCUACCAUUGACUAGUAGUAUAGCCAUUAGUUAACCCAGUGAUACUUGUGUAUUACUAGUAUGUUCAUUUGACUACACCUUUUUCAAGUUCAUUUCACUACACAAGUAAAUGUACAUUAUAACUUUCAGUCUUUUGUUCUUUGUUUACAUUCAUUAAUUAUACUAAUAAAUGUAGCUCAGUGCUCCAGUUUUUCCUUGUAUUAA